AUGAGCAAACUACCAGUUCUGUUAAAUCCGACAACAACCAAUUCACCAAACACAACAAAUUCAACUGGAAAUUUAAAUAAAAGUGCCAUUGAUAUGUUUAAUGAAUCGAUUGGUGAUAUUAAUUAUGAAGAUAGUCGAUGUGGUGAAAAUACAAGAGCAACUAUUGUUAAUGAAUUUCAAAAUUAUCGAAAAUAUGCAACUCAAUUCAAUUUAAAACAUAAACCAGAUGCAACAUCAGCGAUCAUUUUCUGGAGCACAUAUGGAGACACGUUUUCAAUUUUAAAAGGACUUGUUAAAAAAAUGUCAAGUAUACCUACAACUUCCCCAUGUGGUUCAUUACGAUGA